CACAUACUCACUUAAUUACUUUCAAAAUUAACAAAAACAUUAUUCCAUAUAUUCACAAUCAUGAAAGACACUAUAGUACUUUACCCUGCUUAUGGGAGUGGACACUUAAUGUCUAUGGUUGAAUUAGGAAAACUCAUUCUAACCCAUCACCCUUCAUUUUCCAUCAAAAUUCUCAUCCUAACACCACCCAACAACAAAAAUAAUAAUGAUUCCACCACUCAAUACAUAGCCUCUACCUCUAACAAAUUUCCUUCCAUAAACUUUCACUUUAUUCCUUCCAUUUCAAUCACUUUAACACUUCCACCUCACUUAUACACCCUUGAACUCUCCCCUCGUAGCAACCACUAUGUUCACCAUAUUCUUCAAUCAAUCUCCAAAACCACAAACCUCAAAGCAGUUAUUUUGGAUUUUCUCAACUUUAGUGCUUCACAAGUUACAAACACACUUGAAAUUCCCACUUAUUUUUACUACACCUCAGGAGCUUCUCUUCUAUCACUUUUUCUUCACUUUCCAACUUUUCAUCAAAAAUCCACUAAACCAAUUAAGGAUUUUGACAUUCACACACCUAUUGAUCUCCCCGGGUUACCGAGGUUAUCCGUUGAUGACUACCCAAAUGAAGCUAAGGAUCCGUCGAGUCAAAGUUAUCAUAUCUUGCUUGAAUCUGCUAAAUCGUUGAGGGAAAGUGAUGGAAUUAUUGUUAACACUUUUGAUGAACUUGAAAGAAAAGCUAUUAAAGCAUUGAGAGAUGGGUUGUGUGUUCCUGAAGGAAUCACUCCAAUGAUUUUUUGCAUCGGACCUGUGCUUUCGUCUUUGUAUGAAGAUGAAAAUAUUUGUAUGAGUUGGCUCGACUCGCAGCCGAGUCAAAGCGUUGUGUUGUUGAGCUUUGGAAGCAUGGGGAGAUUUUCUAAGGCUCAAUUGAAUGAGAUAGCACUUGGAUUGGAGAAAAGCAAGCAAAGAUUCUUGUGGAUUGUUAGGAGCGAGUUGGAUUUAGAUGAGUUGAGUUUGAACGAGUUGUUGCCGGAAGGAUUUUUGGAGAGGACAAAGGAGAAGGGAAUGGUGGUGAGGAACUGGGCCCCACAAAGAACGAUAUUGAAUCAUGAUUCGAUUGGUGGGUUCGUUACUCACUGUGGAUGGAACUCAAUUUUAGAGGCUAUUUGUGAAGGAGUUCCAAUGAUUACGUGGCCACUUUAUGCAGAGCAAAAGCUGAAUAGGCUAAUUUUGGUCCAAGAAUUGAAAAUUGCUUUGAAACUGAACGAGUCGGAAGAUGGGUUUGUAAAUGGGACUGAGUUGGCGGAGCGAGUUAUGGAGCUGAUGGAAUCGGAUAAAGGAAAAGAGAUUAGAGAAAAGAUUUUGAAGAUGAAAAUAAGUGCUAAGGAGGCAAUAGGAGGUGGUGGAUCUUCUCUUGUUGAUUUGAAAAAAUUAGGAGAUUCAUGGAAGGAGCAUGAUUCUUGGAAUAAUUUAUCUCCAAAUUCUCCUUUUCUUUUUCGUUGAAAAAAUUAAAAUUAGUUAUUAGAUUAAGUUUAGAAAAGUUUGUGAUAUUUAGAAGUGGGUUUUUAUCACAAGUGUAUUGUGUCUUAUGUUAAAUGAAGUUUUGAUAAAAUUGAUUUUGAAUGUAAUAAUUUACCAUAAGAGUAAUUUGAAUGUUAAAAAAAAAUAUGAUUUUUGUAAUUUA